AUGCGCCCCUGCUCGACGCUGGCGCUCCUCCUCGCGCUGGCGCUCCUCGCGCUGGCGGGGUUCGCGCGCGCGGACCACCCGACGUACGCGGACCGCGUCAGGGCGAACCGUGGGCCGUAUCCCAUCGACGAGGCGGACGCCAGGGCUCGACACGCGAGGUCCGGGGUUGGGCGAAUCACGGGUCUGGACGCGGCUCCUCUCCUCAGACGCCGGCGCCUGGCGGAGGAUACCGCGACGAUCGACGGCGCGCCCGCGCCGAUCAAGGGGUGCGCGGCGCACACGGACGAGGCGUCGUGCGCGCUCCCGUGCCGGUGGUGCAAGAGCGCGGCGGUGCCCAGCGCGUGCUUCAGCGCGAAAGCCGCGGCGUCGUUGCCGGCUGGUGUUUUCGAAUGCACGUCGCACCCGCGGGGCGCGUCGGACGUCGCCGCCGCGCGGUGA